CAAUAAAAAUAAACGAAACAAUUAGUUAAAGUUUAAUUUUUCAGUUGGGAUAUUUGACAAAACUAACAUUACCAUAGAAAAUUUCAGUAAGAAAUUUUAAAGUAACUUCAUCUUUGUUCUCUUUUUAAUGUUUUUAAUUUUACUCUCUCUGAUUUAUAAUCAUUAAUAAAUUUUAAAAAACUUUCAAAAAUUUAUAUUCUGGAUCACACCUGCUAUGACGAUUCAAAUGUACUCUCUUCCACAAAUGGUGGAAUUAGCUUUGAGCACGCCGAUAAUCGGAGUGGUCAAUUUUGGAAUAUUAAGAACCAUAUUGCAUAUAUUGAUUAAAGAAAUGGGCCUCGAAAAUAUUCGCUCAAAGCUUAACGUUACAGAUAUGAAACCUCAAAAAAUAGAAAUGCCUGUGUCUCCUCGACAUCCAUCAUUCAUUGCCCAAUCGGUGGAAGAUGAGUUUAAAAAAUUAGAAUUGGACGAUGAAGUUCCUAAUGCAGAAAAUAUUUCAGGCAGUAGCCCAUCAAUUCAGGAAAAGUUCGAAGCAGAAGAAGGUUAUUCGAAAUUAUCAAAAGACCAUAAUCCAAGCUUCGAGGAGGAGGAGGAGGUAUUCGAUGAGGUUAUAAACGAGUUUGCAGAGGAAGAAGAUGAAUUACUAAUUUCCAAAGAAAAUUCCAUGAGAAGUGUAGCUUCUAAUGAAUCGUCUUUUAAAGGACCAUCAGCAUUUCAAGAAGACAUGACAGAGUUUUGGAAAAUGACUGCUAUCAACAGCAGAGUAACUGCUUUAGAAGGAGGAUUAGAAAAGAUUGUUGAUAUUAUCGAUGAACAAGCCAGGGACCUCGAACAUUUCAGAAGAGACACAGAGAGAAGAAGAACAAAAGAUAGUUGUUAUAUGAAGGAUUUACAGAUAAAUCUAGAAGAACUUAAGGAGAAAACAAAUAAUAUCAUACGCAAAAUAGAGGCCUGUGUUUCCGAAGACGUUUUACAAAGGAUUAUAGAGGAUCACGAGAAAUACAUCACAAUUACGAACACUCAAUUAGAAGAAUUCGAGGAGCAAUUAUUACAAUUCAGUGAGAAGGUCGAAGGCGAUUUCAAAAUGCUCGAGAUCGUAGAUGAUAUUAAUGACAUCAGAGAGAUUUUAAAGGUUAAGCAUGGCACUGAGUAAAGAGGAACAAAUACAAAUUAUAUUGAUGGUGGAGAUUUCAG